GCUGGGAAGCCAGGCUGGCCGCCGGCGCGGGUGGGGUGGGGGCAGCGGCGAGAGCCCGGGCGGGGAGGCCCCCCCUCCAGGUGCCAUCCUCCCGGCUGGCAGGAUCAUGCUGGGCAUCGGGGCCGUGGCGAUCGCCUGGAUCUGGCCCGUCCUGACGGUGGCAGCACAGCCUCAAGCGACAAAGACCUGCCUCAUGGAAUGCACCCCCAGUUCAUUCGUAAGCCAACAAAUUCCUCAAGAGCUCCUGAAAAGCUAUGAGAACAACGUAUGCGGAGGGAAGAUCUCUGUUAUCCUCAUAACGCGCAAGAACAGAAGUUUCUGCGCCGAUCCAAGUGCUGACUGGGUGAAGAAGGCUAUGAGGAAGCUGGACAGCAACAAGACAAUGCCAAAAGCCACACCUGUUUCCGAGAAACGGCAGGGGGCUGCCAUCACCACAACUACCAAGGCUGCGGGCCGACCUCAUCCCACGGGCACAGAAGCCUCUGUGGGGCACUCCAGCUCAGCCGGGCCAACGACCCCAAAUCCAUCUACGCAACCCACCUCUGGACGGGUUGACACUGGCGCUACCGUUCAGCCGGAGGCCACAGCAAAUGGGGACGCCAAUCGUCCUGUCCCUUCGAGGCCAGGGGGAUUUCGGGAGGACAAAACUCCUCCUCAAGUGACAUCGCAAGCAGUUCAUGCAACAGGUAAAGUCCAUGGCAGAUUUGGUUCUGAGCUGCCCACGGGGGCGCCACGUGACACAGACCCUACAGAGGAAGAGGUGAACCCUUCCGUGACCUCGUUGUGGCACCCCGUUGUCUCCACGACAGAGAAUGCCAUUUCAAGUGACUCUGGAGUAGACCCCAGAUCCCAGACCAUACCUGAUCUCACCACUGUGGCCCAGGGGAAGGAUUUCACUGUUCAGCUCGGCACCCGCCCGGAUGAUGAUGGAAAGAGGAGCACCACCGUGAGUGCAAAAGACAGAAACAGUGCAUUGCAUGACCCGACUGUUGUCGAUACAACCAGAGAAGAGGAAAGUGGAAAGGCCCCGUUCUCCUCUUCCGGCAUGCUGGCCAAGUACCAAACGCACCUCAUCUCCUUGGUGGGGGGCACUGUUCUCCUCUUCCUCUUUGCUGGCAUCGCCCGGGUGUAUUUUAGGACCCACAUCUGUGCUGGAUUACCCUCCAGGCAAAUGGCCCAAGGCUUAGUGUACAGUCCAGUGGACUCUUACGCAGACAACUACUCCAUGCAGAAUCUUUGACUCCUUUGUGCCUUUGACUCAGAUUUUGCUACCUGUGGUGGUGCUGGUGGGGUCACCAGGCUUAGACUGGAAGACAGAUGGUGGCCCACACCUCCCUCUUCGCUCUACCAUCAGAAGAUGUCUUAGGCAGGUGGUACGUGGUGGUCACUUGGCAUACAAUGAGAUGCCUUACUGUGCCGGGUUAUCGGCUAAGGCCGUGGUCUUCAGAGUGGGAGGCAGGCCUCCGUAAACUCUCCCAGGGGGAUAUAGAAGAACUCAACUCAGCCUUGAGUCAUCCAAGCUGUGCCAUUGUGUGUCUGUGUGUGUGUUUGAGAGAGAGAGAGAGAUGGACAAAAGGGUGGUUAUAAACAGAAAGAGAUCAGUCCAGAAGUAAGUGUUGGGUCACAACACUCCAGGUGUGAUCACCCAAGAAAAUAGAUCAUAUUUUGGGCCACUUGUUGAAUGGCUUGGUGGAAUCUGUUACCAAGCAAUCAAACACCCCACACACGGAGAACUGCCCUCCGGCGUGAUUUCUCAUCUCCUGGUUUAAUUGGACGCGUGUGUUUCGUGCCACCGGAUGGCACCCUGGGGACUAACAGAAAAGGUGGCAGCUGUAAAGCUGGCCCAAAGUAUUUUCCCGCCUGAGACAAAGGGACAACAGAUCCCAUGGUCCACCGCCACCCCAUCCAUCUAUAGAAGCAAGCUGGAGGGAAGGUUCAAUGACCUGUCCAGACCUGUGACACAAAAGCAUUUUCCAUGACGCUGUGAAGCGGAAAGUUCAUUCUUUUACCUUUCGUGGCAUGAGGGGACAGUUCCUUGCCAUCCGUCAGAUUCCUGCUCUGUCUUGCUAUUCUAGCAAGGUUUGUAUGAUAGGAAGCAGCUUGCAUCUUGAAAUAACGGGAUGGUGGGAGAUGCAAAUGUGUGAGGCAGAUGUUUUUGACAAGUAUUUAUUUGCCUUUGUGAAUUAGUACGUCUGAGCCAGGAGGUGAAAGCUCUGUCUUACACUGAAAUUUGCACCCAGAAAUGGGUGAGGAAAAAAACAAACAAACAAACAAACCCCACCCUUUAUUUUCUAAGCUCUGAAUGCACUUUUAUAUCUGCACCUUAUACAUGUGUCUGGUUUAAAUGUGGCUUGCUCGGUGUUUUUAAACAUUAUGUUUUUAUUUUUUCAAUA